AUGUCGCGCAUCGAGGAGGCCCUGCCGUUCGAGGACGUCAGGGCCUCGUGGAAGACCCGUCGCGAGGCGUGGCUGGGCGAGGUCUUUGCCUCGGCGGGCUCUGUUGUGGAACUGGCCGGUUUGCUGGCGGAGCUCUGCCGCUCCCUGACGGCGUCCGCGGUCUCCUUUUACUUUGACCGGUCGCGCGACGAGCAUGAGCGCCUCUGCAGCGCGCUCUGCGACCUCGCCUCUGGCCGCCGCUCCGACCCGAACGGCGUGUCGCUCCGCACGCUCGUCGCGGCGCUCGAGGCGGUGGCCCUUCCUCCGACCGAGGCGUGCGAGAAGAAGCUGAUGGAGGACGGGGAGCCGCUCGAGCUGGGCAUCGGCGACCUGGGGCCCGAUCUCGCAAAGGGAGACCGCGCCCUCGCGCUCGACAUCCGGCACGCGUGGUGCGCCGCGCAGGUGGUCGCCGUGCGAGAGGGGCCGGUCGCAGGGACGGACGAGCUGCGCAUCCACUACGACGGGUGGAAGGCCAAGUGGGACGAGUGGAUCCAGCGCGACUCGGGGCGGUUGAGGCUGCCGGGGCGGCCUCCCAAGCCCGCCUUCCCUCCGCUCGACAAGCCAACUGCCGCAAGCAGCGGCGGCGGCGGUGGCGCGGCGCAGGGCCCGCGGGCAGGCGGCGGUGAGGGCGGCAAGAAAACGGGCGGCGUCGAGGGCGGCAAGGCGGCGAAGCGGCCGCGCGAAAACGGAGGCGAUGCGGAGCGGGCGGGGAAGGCGGCGGGGAAGGCGGCGGAGAAGGCGGCGGAGAAGGCGGCGGGGAAGGCGGCGGGGAAGGCGGCGGAGAAGGCGGCGGAGAAGGCGGCGGAGAAGGCGGCGGAGAAGGCGGCGGAGAAGGCGGCGGGGAAGGCGGCGGAGAAGGCGGCGGAGAAGGCGGCGGAGAAGGCGGCGGGGAAGGCGGCGGAGAAGGCGGCGGAGAAGGCGGCGGGGAAGGCGGCGGAGAAGGCGGCGGAGAAGGCGGCGGAGAAGGCGGCGGAGCUCGCGCAGAUCGAAGUCAACGAGAGGACGAUGCGCUGGACCGCGAGCCGCGGGUCGGCCGCGGCCGAGGCAGCGCAGUCGGCGGCGUUCCGGUCCGUCUCGCAGGGCGGCGGCUCGAGCAGCAAGGUCCGCCAAGCGCCGACGCCCACGCCGGCUCAACCCACGCCAGCGCCGGCGCCCAGGGGUCGCCCACCCGCGAGCGGCAAGCAGAGCGAGGCGGCGGGUAGCGGCACGCAGAGCCAGGCGGCGGGUAGCGGCAAGCAGAGCCCGGCGGCGAGCGGCAAGCAGAGCCCGGCCGGCGCCGGGAGCGGCGCUGGCGCCGGCCGGCGGCGGGGCGGCAUCUCCCCCCCGGCGGAGAAGAAGCGCUCCUCCGCCCCGCCCGCGCGAGUGGAGCCGUCCUUCGGCGCCGCCGCGGGAGGCAAGGGGCUCGGCGGAGGGGGCGGGAGGAGGGGCGGCUCUCCGCCUGCCCGCGUCCGGCCGGGCAGGCCUGCGUCGGCGACCACCGACGCGAAGCUGUGGGAGGGAGCGCACGCCUCCGGCUGGCGCGCGGCGGCGGCGGGCGGGGCGGCGGCGGCAGGGUUGUGGCGGCUGCACGACAAGGGCCAAGGCCACUACUUGCGGGUUGGGCCGGACGGCACGCGCCACACAAACAAGGCCGACGCCCUCGAGGCGAGGCGCGACAGCAAGGCCGCCGGCAAGGCCGCCGCCGCCUCUCCCGGGCCCGCCGCCAGCGCGUCGCCGCCACGCCCGGAGGUUGGCACGUCUGCAGAGGCGCCGCUGCCGGCGCCGUCGUCGUCGGCGCCUCCGCCGCCGAAGGGGUCGUCCUUGCUCCGUGACGGCGAGGCUGUGUCUGUGGGCGACAAGCUCGUCUCGCUCGACGUGCGGGAGGUGCACUACCGCGGCUGGGCGAGGCGGUGGGACGAGUGGGUCGCUACGGGGGUCGGGAGGCUGCGCCGGAUCACGCAGUGGUCCGCCGAGCCGGAGGCGGCGUCGAGCGGUCCGCCCGCCGCUUACGUGCUGCCGGAGGAUUGCGCCGCUUGCCAGGGGAGGCACGCGCUCGAGAAGCCGAUCCGCCCCUCCGCCGUCGCCGGCGUCGAGGCUGCCGUCGGCGCGGCGAAGGCGGAGCAGCGCGCGGGCGAGAAGAAGAGGCUCAGUCGCCCGCCGCCAAAGGCGGGGGCAAGUCGCUCCGGGAGCAAGCGGCCGGCAAAGGCGCAGAAGGUCGAGCAGGCCCACGGCGGUGGCGUGCGGCUCCGGCUCAAGGGCGUCGAUGGUGCCGCACGCCUCUUCCGGGGCGCGCAGCAGCCGCUGCCGCCGCCGAAGGCGCCCGCGGCUCCAAAGGCGCCUACCGGCAAGAGGAAGGGGCCAAAGGGGCCGCAGCAGCCGCCCGCGCCCCCUCCUCCGCCGCCGCUCUCGGAGAUGGGCCUGAUCAUGGAGGCCACCUCGCCCAUCCGCGGGUCGGGGCCGGGCGGCGCGGCGGCGGCGGGCAGCGCGGCGGCUCCUCGGCCGGGGCCGCAGCCGAUGCUGCUGCAUCUCGAGCCCCGUGCGCUGCGGGAGGCGCCCGCGCUCCCUUCCGCGCUGCUCGCGCUGCAGCUGACGCGUGACUUGCUGCGCGGCCUCGCCGCGAGCCCGUCGCUGAUGCCGGGCGGCGUCGAGGACUACUUCGUCCGGCUCAACAUGGGCUCCAAGAACUACAUGUACGUCCCCGCGCAGGUCGUCAAGAUGCAGUCGCCCGAGGGGGCGAGCGGAGAGCACCAGAUGCAGGAGCUCUCCGAGAUCGCGUCCAACCUCGCGAGCGGCGUGCUGCGCAACUUGCCGCAGGCUGUCGCGCGCAGCAUGGGCGCCCGCCGCGCCGCCGGCAUGACCAAGCUGCAGCCGCGCCGGAGCGAGGCGGCGCCCGCUCCGGCCCCCGCGUUUGCCGCUACCGUUGCUCGCGCGCGCGCGGAUGCGUUGCCACGCGCCGCUGCCGCGGCGGCGCCGCCCGCGUGUGCCGGCGGCUACGCCGUGAGCAGGCCAGCGCUGUCGGGCGCGGAGCAAGCGGCCGCACAUGCACAUGCGCAAGGUUUCGCCAGUUCGGCGGCGGGGAGGCCGUUCGGCUCGUCGGGCGGCGCGGCGAUGAUCGCGCCGGCCGCACCCGUCGGCGCUGCCACCGCCGCCGGACUGCAGUUUGCAGGGACGCCAAUCGCCAUGGCGGCGCCCGUCGGCGGCGGUGGUGCGAUGUGUCACCCGAUGAUGGUUGGCCCGCAAAUCACGCGGACGCAGUCGGUCGACGCCGCCGAGAUCCUCGCCGCGUGCUCCGGCGCUUUUGGCGGCUCCGGCACUGCCGCCUGCACCGCCCCUGCUGCCUCACCCCAGCCGAGCCCGCUGACGGCAGCGCAGGCGGCCGCUACCUUCCCAGCGACCGCGGCGGCAGCGACUGCGGCGGCAGCGGCAGAGACAGCGACCGCUGCGGCGGCGGCGGCCAACGGAGGCAGCUCAGUCGCGCCCGGGGUGGAGACGUACCAGAGCGAGGGUUCGGCUGCCAUGGGCUCUAUCCCGCUGCACUCGAGUGGCGCGGCGCUCGCCCAGGCGCAGGCGGCGCUCGCGUCGCUGCAGGCGCAGGCGGCGGCCAGCGACCACCUUUCCAGCCUGCAUUCUGGCUCGGCCGCCUAAGGGCAACAAGGAGUAGGAGCGGCGGCAGCGGCCCCCUUGUAGUAGACGCGGUCACGCACCGUGUACGUCUCCGCGGCACAAUGCAUGUUCCCGCGUGACUCUGGUGUGCUGUGUGGUCUGCCCUGCGCCCCGAUUACGUGUGGGGUGCGCGGCCUACGUUGAGACACACAGCACAUCGAAAUGGAGGGUUAUAUGCGGACUAAGUACACCCCCACGGUUUUUG